GGGGAACUGUGAAGGAGAAGCUCAUUGGGCCAUGUGGAACAAGAUGGCGUUGUCGUCGCGGUUGUUUUUGUGCAGUCGCUUUGGGCGAACCGCAGGCGCUUUGCUUCUUAUUAAUAAACAACCGACAGUCCCACUCAACUGCAGGUGUUAUGUCGACGUUAGCAAACGGAAUCAUUUGCAGUUCAAACUGGACGAGCGUACAGCCCACAGCAGUCUCGACCUCUUCAAGAAAGACACGGGUGUGAUUUACAGAAUGCUAGGCUUAGACCCGAGCCAUGUCCAGGAUUCGCCUCUCCGAUUUUGCGACUGGGCUGUCGUGUUUGCUGAUAACCACGUUGACUCUGGACGUCACUACUGGGAAGUCACGGUCAAAAAGUCACAAGAGUUUCGCAUUGGCGUUGCAGAAGUGGCUAUGUCUCGUGAUGAGUGCAUUGGCACAAACUCGUCCUCAUGGGUCUUCUCCUACGUUCACAAUAAGUGGUACGCCAUGACCACCAACAAGCAGGUGCCUGUGUCGCUGGUGGGGAAGCCGGAUCGUGUGGGGCUGCUCUUAGACUAUGAAGCUGGCAAGCUCGGUUUAGUAGAUCCGCAGGUUGCAAAAGUGGUGCACACGAUAAAGACUCAUUUCCCAUCACCGAUCUGUCCAGCCUUUGGACUGUGGGAUGGAGAAAUUUUAACACACUCUGGGUUGGAGGUGCCAUCAGGGCUUAAUUAGUGUUUACACAUGCCUCCUUCCACCUUUUUUUUUUUUUUUUGGAUCAGCCUAGCAAUAAGGAAAUGUCAGUGUUCCAAGUGAGAAGCCAUACCUCAUGUUCCUCGAAUAUUAAGAGUUAACUAACAGUUUAGGUAGUGUAAUCUUCAAAAAGAAAAAAAAAACUUGUUAAAAGGAAAAUGCUGAUGAGCCACAGGACUGAAUGGGCAUACAAAUGAUCCAUAUUUGGCACAUCAAUAAAAGUAAUAUGUAUCAACAUUUAUAUGCUGUUAUAUGAUGGGUUAAGCAAAGAUUUUGCAUCUUCCACUGGUUCCAGAAGAUAUUACAAUGUACAUAGCAUCUCUUUAUUCAUGCUAUGUGUUCAAUAAAAGAGACAUACAUUAAUC